AUGCACUAUCCUCUACUACUUAGAUACUACCGAAAUACCAGCAGACAAGGCUCGAGUUGUUCCAGCAGGAAAAUCCACUCAGAUGAGGACAGAGCAGCACAACUUCUCUUCCACGCCCGGUCAUGUCAUCAAGCUACAUCUACUCCUCUCUUUCCGCUCUGCCAAAGCCGAUCCCGGUACCUGUGUGAGCCGGCCCAAAGCCGGGCGUUGGAGAGACCCGACUUCUGCCGGCCGGGGCCCGGAGCCGCGGGGGGCCCGCACGGCUGCUGCUGCCGCCGCUCCGAGAUGGUGCCUCAGGGGCCGCUCCGCCUUCCCCCCGCAGAACACAGCGACCCUUUCCAGCGCCCGCCGCGGGAGCCGCCGGGCCCUGCCAGCCGCCGGUCCCCGCCCUCCGCCCGGGCCCGCACCCAGCCCGGCCCGCACCCGGCCCCGCUCUGCCCCGAGGGACGCCCCCUCCCCGCCACCUCUCUCCGGGACCGCCGGGCAAUGGGGUGCCAGGGACGCGGCUCCCAGGCGCCCGAGCCGCCGGCACCGGGCGGGAGCGCAGCGGGGCGGCCGGGCCCGCACUCACCGGGAGCGAGGAGCACCAGACCGCCGCCGCUCGCCGUCAGGGGCCGCCGGGCGCAGGCAGGGAAGGGGCGGUGGCGCGCGGGCCCCGCCCCGCGCCCCAAGGCCGGAGCCGCGGCGGGAUGGCCGCCAGCCGCUGGAGCGGGAGGCGGGAAGCGAGGGAGGGCAGCCAGCCAGCCAGGCAGGCAGGCAGGCAGGCAGCCGGACGGCGGGGGCGCGGAGCGGGCGAGCUUCCCCUUCCUGCCCGCAGCCCCGGCCCCGGAUCGCCCCUCAGCGGACCGCUGCCUUCCUCGACCGGCGCCCCUCCCUGGAUUUGUCCACCCAUGCUGGACCAUAGCGUUCCGGUUUGGGUACAUGCGUAUUGUGGGACACCAAGUCACAAACCUUGCUGAAGUCAGGGUUCCACUGGUGUCCCCUCCUACACAGAUUUAUCCAUUUGUCAUGGAAAGCAAUCAGGAGGAGUUCCUCCGCAGAAAGGGUGGCCAGACUGCUGAACGGGCUGCCCGGGGAGGCGGCGCCCGAGCAGGGAGCGGACGCGGCUCUGAGGGCGCGGCCGCCAGGGGGCAGCGCGGCGCCGCCCGCCCGGGCGCUGCCGCGACACCGGCACCGCCCCCGCCCGCCCCCGCGAGCGGCCGGGGCGGAAGCGCGGGCAGCGCCGGUGCCGCGCGGACCGGGCGGGCGGCGGGGAUGGCGGACGGGGCGCGCUCGCUGCGCGGCGGCGGCGGCGGGGGCAGCCCGGCCUCCAGCCCGGUGCUGGGCGGGCGGGGCCGCGCCGCGGCGGGGGGCAGCAGCCCGCCGGGCCACGGGUUCCGCAGGGUUACCCUGACCAAGCCCACCUUCUGCCACUACUGCACCGACUUCAUCUGGGGGCUGGCCGGCUACCAGUGCGAGGUUUGCAACUUCAUGUCUCAUGAAAAGUGCCUCAAGAAUGUCAAGAUACCCUGCUCAUGUAUUGCUCCCAGCCUUGUAAGGGUUCCAGUUGCACACUGUUUUGGGCCUCCAGGACAUUACAAAAGAAAGUUUUGCACCGUGUGCAGGAAGUCACUGGAGUCACCUGCCUUUCGAUGUGAAGUUUGUGAGCUACAUGUGCACACAGACUGUAUCCUGUUUGCUUGCAGUGACUGUCGACAGUGUCACCAGGAUGGGCACCUGGACCACGAUACUUACCACCACCACUGGAGAGAGGGAAAUCUUUCUUCAAGUGCUCGUUGUGAAGUUUGCAAAAAAACCUGUGGGUCUUCUGAGGUGCUCUCUGGCAUGAGAUGUGAAUGGUGUGGCAUCCUGGCUCAUGCUGCUUGCUACAUAAUUGUCACACCAGAAUGUACCUUUGGAAGAUUAAGGAAUAUGAUUCUUCCUCCAAGUUGUGUGCAAUUAUUUUCUCGCAACUUCAGCAAAUUGCACUGUUUUCGAAUAUCGGAAAAUUUGCAAACUGAAUCAGAUGAAGAUGAUGAUGUUGAUGGUUCAACACAGGGAUCAGCAAAAGAUGUCCAGAUUUCAACAGACUCAAGUAAACAAACAUUGAAGAUAUUUGAUGGGAAUGAUGCGGUGAAACGCAAUCAAUUUCGACUGAUUUCAGUUCCAAGGAUUGCAAAAAAUGAAGAAGUUGUGGAGGCUGCUUUGAGGGCGUACUAUAUAAAUGAUGACCAGCAGGAGUACGAGCUGCAGACCUUCACGCAGCAGGUGCUGCUCUCUGAUGAUGUUAUCAACAGGAACGAUGCUGCAGAGGACAGCAACUUGGGCUCAGUAUUCCGAGAAUCCGUCCCUGAAGCUUGGAUCAUCAGAGCCAAACCAAAGGACGAGGAAGUGAUCAGAAUUUAUCCUGCCUGGCUAAAGGUGGGAAUGGCAUAUGUUUCUCUACGAGUAAAUAAGGAUAGCACGGCGCAGACUGUGAUCAAAGAAGUGCUUCCCUUACUUGGAAGGCAGACGGAGUGCCUCCAGAAUUUCAAAUUGGUAGAAGUGCUUAUGGGCAGUAAGCAAGUUCAGCGCAUGGUUUUGGACAAUCAAGAACUGAUUCUUAACAGAUUCAAGGACAUACGAAAGACUUCAAUACGUCAGAUGAAUCAAACAAGAUUUUACAUUGUGGAAAACAGUAAAUCCAUCGUGCAAGUAAAUUUAUUUGUUGGUGGCCUGCCACCUCAGCUUUCUGCUGAAGAAUACACAAAUAUUCUCAAGGAAGAAUUAGCUAUCAAAACAAAUGUAGUAUCUGUGAGUCAUGUUUAUCAAGCACAAGGUGCUGUUGUACUCCAAAUUUCAUGUUUUUCUGAAGCUGAAAGAAUAUAUAUGCUAGUUAAAGAUACUGUUAUCAAUGACAAGCCUCUGAAUGCUGUGGUGAUUCCUGAAGUUAUGGCUUCCAAGAUACCACAGAAUUGCUGCCCACUUCUUGUAUUUGUGAAUCCAAAAAGCGGUGGGCUGAAAGGUCGGGAUCUGCUGUACAGUUUUAGAAAGCUGCUAAACCCACAUCAGGUCUUUGAACUUACCAAUGGGGGCCCACUUCCUGGGUUUCACACGUUCUCCAAAGUCCCCUCCUUCCGAGUGCUGGUGUGCGGAGGGGACGGCACCGUUGGCUGGGUCCUUGGUGCACUCGAGGAAAUCAGGCACAAGCUGGUGUGCUCAGAGCCCUCAGUUGCCAUCUUACCUUUAGGAACAGGUAAUGACCUGGGGAGGGUCUUGCGAUGGGGAGCUGGCUACAGUGGGGAGGACCCAUACUCCAUUUUGGUUUCUGUGGAUGAGGCAGAUGAUGUUCUUAUGGACCGCUGGACUAUCCUUUUGGAUGCAGAAGAGCCGGCUGAAGGUGCAGAGAAUGGCAUUGGAGAACCUGAGCCUCCAAAGAUUGUACAGAUGAACAAUUACUGUGGUCUUGGCAUUGAUGCAGAGUUGAGCUUGGACUUCCAUCAUGCUAGAGAAGAAGAACCAGGGAAAUUUAAUAGCAGGUUCCACAACAAAGGAGUUUACGUGAAAGUUGGGCUGCAGAAGAUAAGUCAUACUAGAAACCUUCACAAGGACAUAAAGCUGCAAGUGGACCAGCACGAGGUGGAGUUACCAAGUAUAGAAGGACUCAUUUUUAUUAAUAUACCCAGCUGGGGCUCUGGAGCCGAUCUCUGGGGCUCUGACAGCGACAAUCGCUUCGAGAAGCCGCGCAUCGACGACGGCCUGCUGGAAGUUGUUGGUGUGACUGGCGUCGUUCACAUGGGUCAAGUCCAAGGUGGUUUCCGAUCGGGAAUCCGCAUAGCCCAAGGCUCAUAUUUUCGUGUAACCCUCCUUAAGCCAAUUCCAGUUCAAGUUGAUGGAGAGCCCUGGAUUCAGGCCCCUGGCCAGAUUAUAAUUUCUGCUGCAGGACCAAAGGUCCAUAUGUUGAAAAAAUCCAAGCAGAAACAGAAAAAAACUGGAAGCCUGAGAGAGAUGAAAGUGGAUAGCAUGUCAGUCUCUGAAGGAGGACGCUAAAUGGAGACCUGUGUUCAGAAGUGAUGCAGCACACCUACUGUAGAUACCAAGCUGGUUCAGUAAAACCAAGUGCAGACAACUCCUGAAGAGUGUUGCCUAUACGAGCGUGCCUUUCAUUACAUUUUGACAGUACUGGGUUCUACUUUGUCUUUCAAAGAUAGUGCCUCAUUGUCACAAAUAUCAUGUAACACUUGUCUCAUCUGAAA